CCUCAUGGGUGGAGUAAUACAAUUGACUAGAGAUCUCCCACAGAGUCUUGCCUCAGUCUGACCCAGACUCGGCACUGGCACAAACUCCUCACACAGGAAGUGAUUAGCCGUGGGUGAAAAUGACAGAGCGCUACGACUGCCACUACUGCAAGGAGUCCCUGUUUGGGAAGAAGUACGUCCUGCGAGAGGAGAAUCCCUACUGUGUGAAAUGUUACGAGAGCCUGUACUCUAACACCUGUGAGGACUGCAAGAAGCCCAUUGGCUGCAAUACUCGAGAUCUGUCUUAUAAAGACCGCCACUGGCAUGAGGACUGCUUCAAGUGCUUCCAGUGCAAGCGCUCCCUAGUGGACAAGCCCUUCUCCACCAAGGAUGAGCAGCUUCUGUGCACCGAGUGCUACUCCAAUGAAUACUCCUCCAAGUGCCAUGAGUGCAAGAAAACCAUAAUGCCUGGCUCCAGGAAGAUGGAGCACAAGGGCAACAGCUGGCAUGAGACGUGCUUCACCUGCCAGCGAUGCCAGCAGCCCAUUGGCACCAAGAGUUUUAUCCCCAAGGAUAACCACAACUUCUGCGUGCCCUGCUAUGAAAAGCAAUUUGCCAUGCAGUGCGUGCAAUGCAAGAAGCCCAUCACCACUGGUGGAGUGACCUACCGGGACCAGCCUUGGCACAAGGACUGCUUCCUGUGCACUAGCUGCAAGCAGCAACUGUCUGGCCAGAGGUUCACCUCAAGAGAUGACUUUGCCUACUGCCUCAACUGCUUCUGCAACCUCUAUGCCAAGAAGUGUGCUUCCUGCACCACCCCCAUUAGCGGCCUCGGAGGCAGCAAGUACAUUUCCUUCGAGGAGCGCCAGUGGCACAACGACUGCUUCAACUGCAAGAAGUGCUCCGUGUCCCUGGUUGGCCGCGGGUUCUUGACCGAGCGCGAUGAUAUCCUGUGCCCGGAGUGCGGCAAAGACAUCUGAAGGACGACGCCAGACGCACACAUACACGCCUUCAUUUAUACAUGAAAAUCGAACAGGCGCGACACAUACUGUAGUGUCUUUACUCCGUUCUAAUGUACAUUGUUGUACGGCUUAGCUACUAUUUAACUGAUGACAAAAUGCUAACUGAAUAACAUGCAUGAAUGGACAUACUUGCAAAAAUGAAGUACAGUAUUGCAUAGAAACGACUUGAAUGCAGGUUGCACGCUUUUAACUUUACUAAUCCCUGUGUUGUGCAUGGAUUAGUCUCUGUGGAACACUUGGUAUUACUAGAUUUUUGUGUAAAAUGUAGAUGUGCAUGGAGUCAGAUUUAUGGACUUUAGACUUAUAAAGAAAUAAAGUGUUAACAAGGCAUAAUGUAUCUUUCAGA